GUGUGUGUGUGUGCGCGCGCGCGCGCACAGGUGUAUAGAUCUACCUCAGUUUCUGUAUCUCACGUGGCGUCUAAAAUCGUUCAUUUGUUUGUAGUUUUGUGAUUAACUGCGUUUUUCUUUCUUUUCUGUCGGCUGUUUUCUACAAACUGAAUUUACUUCCUGGACUGUGUGAGAGUUUUACAUGUCUUCUGGGGACAUAAAUCUAGGUACAUAGUCACAUUGUAGGGACACGCCCAAUGCAAGUCCCCACACCCUAAAUCGUGACAUGUUAGGGUGAAGCCUUGGUGCAAGGUUGGGGUAAAUCUCCAGGAAAUGAAUGUAAGUCAACGUAAUGUCCCCCAAAGUCAUGAAAACACGUCUCCGUGUGUCUUGGCUGGUGUUUACCUGCUGAGGUAAGCUGUUUUUCUUUCUUUUUUUUUUAAGGUCGGGGGUUAUCAAAGUCUGACACUGUGAGCCCCCUCAGACAAAAUUGAGAUAAUAGAGCCCAUCAUCCGACCGUAGUACCCCAUUUUUGUUUACAUGUUGGCAGAUUAGCAACAUAAAAAGUAAGACAAAUGAUCUAUUAGUACUUCCUGUUUGCGGUGUCGUAAUCUUUUUACUUUGAUGCUGAAGAAAAGUUCAAACGUGAUGAUUCUCAGGCAGGUUCUGUUGUUAUAUGAAGUUUUUUCUCUAAUAAUGAAGUUUGAUUGCGAUGGACAUUGGAAGUAAUGACGUCCCAGAGGAGUGUAAGUCACACUGAAUCUAAAGGUGUGUGUGUGUGUGUGUCAUGUCUGUGUGUUCAGAUUGGACUCAGCUACUUCGUGUAAACUCUGCGUAGGAGUGUGAAUUUUGAAUGGAAUUGGGGCAAUGGGCCGGCGAAGGCUUUUGAAGGCAGCUUAAUUGAGCUGUGAGUCACAUCCUCUGCUGCUGCAGCUUGUGGCCGUGUCGGUAACGGGAACAAAUCAGCAGCUGCAAUAACUAACCUGCUGUGUGAAGGUCUCUCCCUCCUAAUUCACCUAACUUCUGUCAUUAAUCAACGAUUUAUUGACAGAAAACAUGCACAUCCUGUAUGUCUUUGCACAAAAACAAAGAAUUCACAAGAAAUUUGACAAAGAUGUCAAUGUUUUGUGGGGUUGUUCACUUUAGAAACACAAAGACUUUAAAUGAAACCUGAUCCCUUCUGUUCCAGGAAUGGACCCGUCCAUGGGCCAGGAGAGGAGAACCCCGGCCACCCCGUCCUCGUCCUCCCGGUACCACCGCCGGCGGUCUUCUGGCUCCAGAGACGAACGUUACCGAUCGGAUGUGCACACAGAGGCCGUGCAGGCGGCGCUGGCCAAACACAAAGAGAGGAAGAUGGCGGUGCCGAUGCCUUCGAAGAGACGGUCGCUGGUGGUCCAGACCUCAAUGGACGCCUACACACCGCCAGGUACGAACACGGUUUCAUCUCUGCAACAAGCACGGACACAAUGAUUAGUCAUGCUUCACCAAAAGAUGACUUUUUGUAUCGUAUGACAUGUUACACCUGAUUCCCAACUACAGCUUCAGAAUGAGACGAAUGCUUCAGAAAGGAUGUUAAAAGACUCAGUCAGGGUUAGGAAGAGAUCGUUGAAAUAACUUUGAAUAAAUAACUAAGUUCCGUUACUUAAGUACGCGAGUUACGUGACAAAAUCAAGGUUGACUUCUCGUUUCCCACGGUGCAUGAACGUCAAUCUCCUGGUGAGAGAGCGUUUUUUGUUUGACCCAUCCAGCUUAACUCUCUCUCGCCCUUCGUGGUUUUGUGCGGCCUUCACACUUCCUGGUUCAUGUCUACGUGGAUUACAAUUGACUUUGUGGGAUGUCUAUGAAUUACAGCGCAUUACUUUUCCUAUGUAUAGCUAUGAACGCUGUAUUUCGCCAUAAAGUAGAGGAAAAAAUCAGUACGAAUAUGAAGCUGCUGAAAGCUGCUUCAGUGUGGAUGUCCUGCUUGUGUCAGUGACGUUGGCAGAUGAUGUUUUCUCUGAGAGAUCGAUGGGCGCUCUGCUCCGUCAGUCAACUGGAUUGAGCUCAUCAUCGCUUUUGACUGUCGAUACUACGAGAAAAGAACAACUUCUUUACUACGCUGCUUCUGCAUUUCAAGCAGAUUAUGGUUUUAAAGGUGAUUUCUCAGCAACAAGUCAUGGAUGUCAGAGAAGUGACGUUUUAGUGACCAAAGUAAAGGCUCUGGUUACGUCUUCCACCACUGUUGGUUUCAUCCCUGUAGCGUGCGAGGCGGGAUCUGUCCGGGCCGCGUGGCGUUGGAAGUCAUCCAUGUCUUCACCGUGCUGGUGUCGUUUAACGAGGGCGUUGAUGAGGCCGUUACCUCUCUGGCUGCAGGGUCGAGCUGCACCGAGCAGGCAGCCAGAUAUUAAAUGUGUUAUUGGAUCACUCUGUGCAAACCCCUUCGUGAUGUUUCACAAACUGUAGGACGUUCACAACACAUUUAAGCGUGUACACACACGUUAAUGCACAAUGUGCACAUGAUUUCUAAGCUCUUUUUUUUUUUUUAAUGUUGCCAAUUUUACUGAAAGGGAGGAAAAAAAAAAACAAGCUGUGAGGAGUCACACAUGAAACACGCACAAUCCUUCCUCCAGAUUUAGAAAGCACAUCUCCUGAGGGAGCAGAAAGAGCAGUCACACACUCACACAUCCACACACACACACAUUCAAACACCCCCACACAUCCACACACACACACACACACAC